AUGGCCUCCAAGAUGGCUGAUCUCAUGGACCUGGUGGCCCAAAACCAGCCCAAGUUCCAGACGCAUCAAGCGCUUCUUGUCAUUGGUCUACAGAAUGACUUUGUGCUGCCAGACGGACGGCUUCCCGUCGCCACCAGAACUGGCUUUCUUGACCGUAUCCAUACGCUGGUUCCGAAGUUCCGCGACCUUACCGGCAAUGUUAUAUGGGUCCAGACGCUCUACGAGGCAGAUCGCAUAGCCACUGGAGCGGAUACGGGUGAAGGGGACGCGCUUGUUGUUGGUGGCUUGAUCGACGGCGACGAGAGCGGCGCAGAGGCUGGCGACGACGAUCUGGGAAAAGAGGCGGCUUCAUUACCCGCGCAAUCAAAAUCGUCAAAACACAAGCAACGCGCCCUUGACCUGUUGAAACGCGUGUCGGCGCGGAGAAAGACUCUACCAAAAGAGGUGGCUAAAGCUUCGGUCGAAGAGGACGACGAACUGUUUCUGCUGAAGACCGAAAGGCGUGCGCCAGCAUGCGUACCUAAGACCCACGGCGCCGAGUUCAUUGAUGUCGUUGCUCGGCAGAUGGAAUUGCCCGCAGAUGUCAUAACGCGAACCACCAACUACUCGGCAUUUCAAGGCACAAACCUGCUCAUGACAUUACGUGCACGGCUUGUUACUGAACUCUUCAUUUGCGGAUGCAUUACAAACGUCUCUGUACUGGCCACUGUCAUCGAUGCCGCUCGACACGGAAUCAGAAUAUACGUUGUAGAAGACUGUCUCGGUUACCGCAAGGAAAACCGGCAUGAGUUGGCGUUGAAGCGUAUGGAGGACUUUUUUGAUGCAUACCUAGUGAACAGCGAGGAGAUUCUCGAAAGAGAACCACCGGAAAUAUUGCAGAAGCCACCGACAGCCGCGAACAGUGCCAAGAGCGACGCCAAACAGAGCGAAAAGACCAUUGAGGCUUUGAUGGGCAAAAUGUCGUUGGGCGAAGACGGCAAUGCAAAGAAUACAUCGCGCCCAGACGAGAAGCCGAGCGCUGAGCGUAAUGCAGAGCCCACUGACAAAGAAUUCGCCGAUAUGCUGGUCAAGGGUGCAACGGUGCCGGGUGCAGAAGAAGAGAAGCCCAAGCUCGUCAAAACCAAGAUCAGAAUGAGAUCUGGAAAGACUAAGAAGAAGAAAAAGAAAGAUAAGGAAGGGGGGCAGUUAAACAGUGACACUCCAGAUGCCACUGAUGAGGCUAGCACAGCGGCAAACCAAGACGCAGACGACUUGGCCCCGCCAAAUAUAGAGCGCCCCACGCCUACCAAAAUCCCUCUGGAGUCUCAGCAGACUGCGCAGAUUGCUAAAGCGGGGAGUGUUGCAGACUUGCGUGAAAAGGAAACUAAACAGCGUGCGUUGAAGAAUGUAGCAUCUGCGCCGACCAUGUCAGCAAAAGGCGGAGAAGAGAAGGAGAAGAACAGAUUGUCAGGGUUUUCAGACCGAGUGCGUCUUUCGUUAUCUAGAGCGCCAAAAUCCGAGCUUGGGUCUGAUUCAAAAAGGCGGUCAACAAGUUCCUUGAAGGCAUCUUCGACCAUCUCAAAACAAGAAGAAAAGGAAACUGAACAGCAAGUAGAAAAUCGACAGCCAGCCCCCGAGGCACUGUCUGAACAGCUACAAGAAGAAAAGAAGACGCCACCUGACGAAGAUGCACAUCCUCCUGCCCCGAGUAAGCCUUCCAAGUUACAAUCGCUCGCCAACCUGCCUGUCCUUGGACCUUGUGAUCACAUUGGAGAAGGUGACUCGCGCAUCAUAUAUGAUUUCUUCCCAGGCGAUCUCCGUCACCCGUCUGACCGGUCUCAGCCACUCAAGGACCUCAUUUUUGCACAACUAUACAACGAAGUAAGAUGGCAGAAGAUGUUACAUCAGCAAGGCGAAGUGCCGCGUCUUGUGUGCUGUCAAGGUACAUUUGGAGACGACGGAUCCAUGCCGAUAUAUCGCCAUCCAGCAGAUCAAACGCUGCCGCUUCUACACUUCUCACCCAAACUGCAGGUCAUACGGAAACAGGCCGAAAAGCUCGUGGGACAUCCGUUGAACCAUGUCUUGAUUCAACUCUACCGGUCGGGAAACGAUUUUAUAUCUGAGCAUUCAGACAAGACUCUUGAUAUUGUAAAAGGCUCUUCGAUCGUCAAUGUGAGCUUCGGAGCACAGCGGACUAUGCGUCUUCGUAGGAAGAAACCGCAGCACAAGCAAGAAAACACUCUAGUGGAAGAUGGAAGCACCACUGUGCGUGAGACUCAGCGCGUGGCUUUGCUACACAACUCCAUGUUCGUUCUUGGACUCAAAUCAAACGAAAAGUGGCUCCACUCUAUCCAGCCAGACAAGCGUAUCGCCGCCGAACGCAGCGAAGCUGAAAGAAGCCACAGUGGCAUCCGCAUCAGCCUGACAUUCCGCUAUAUUGGCACAUUUCUCGACGCAAAGGGCAACACGAUAUGGGGUCAAGGCGCAACGUCACAAGAGCAGCGCGACGCAGCAGACGUCAUCAAUGGAGACGAGGAAGAAGCAAAACGCAUGAUUACAGCAUUUAGUCGCGAGAACCACAACCCAGAUUUCAACUGGGAUGAAUGGUACGGCAAUGGCUUUGAUGUCCUCCACCUACAGGCACCACCUCCUGACCUUCCUCUUCUCUUUGCCUCCAACAACGCCAUUGAAACCCGCCAAGUCCAGAUUGCACUCGCAGAAUGCAAGAUUCCAUAUUCACUCAUAGAAGCACCGAGUAUAGAUCCAGCAUUCGAACGAAAUCGUCACGCCACCUUUCGAGAUGCAGACACAAAUCAUACAGAGAUACACACAUCGACUUCUAUCCUACUGUACCUAGACCGCUACCACCACCUCGACACCUCACCCUUCUCACAUCCUGUGACGGCCUCGGCAUACCCAAUCAUGCUUCUCGGAGCGGACGUACUGGCAUCAUGGCUCGCUCGCUUAACAACACCUGGCUCCGAAGAGGACUUGCAGUGUCGUGUUCAGCGCCUAGAAGAGGAUCUUGAGAUGCAUGGUGGUCCAUUUAUAGCUGGUAACAGAUUCAGCAUCGCGGAUUGCUUUGCCUGGCCGAUCAUCGAUGUCCUGGUGCGGGAGUGGGAUGUGUGGAGUGAGGAGGCGUUUCCGCAAUUGGACAAGUGGUACAGGGGGUGUUGGAAAAAGAAGGCGUCUGUUAAGAAGGCGAGAGAGAAGCUUGGGGAGGUAGUUGGGAAAACUGAGAGUGAAAGCAAGGCGUAG